AUGCUUGAGGUGCUUUGUCCGUUUUAUAUCUCAAAUAAUACUAAAUUUGAUACUUCACCUAUUAGGAAUCCUUUCAUAAGGCUUUACCCACUUUGGAAGUUAUUUGCCAGUAGACGUCUUUUAUAUUGGAUUAGUCGACUUCUACAAAAUAUUGAUCCAUCUGAACGUUUUGAUAAAGCCAUGAAUGAUUGGCUUCCAAAAUUGCUCAUAAGAACCAAUUCUGGACGUGAACAACAAGAUUGUGCCCAAAAAGAUCUUAGCAAACUUUUCAACCUAAUUGAUAAAUUGAACUGUUAA